AUGUUAAAGGAUUUCUUCGAUGGCAAGGAACCCAACAAAGGAACUAACCCUGAUGAGGUUUUGGCCUAUACAACCGCCGUCCAAGGUGGAGUAUUAAGUGGUGAAGGUGGAGAAGAAACGCAAAAAAACCUAAAUUUAUUGAAAACAAAUAUUUUGCUACUUGAUGUUGCGCCUUUGCACCUCGGUAUUGACCCUGUCGGAGGCGUGAUGACAAACAUUAUUCCUCGGAUCCCAACGAAGAAGUCUCAGGUGUUCACUACUUACCAAGAUCAGCAAACUACUGUUACUAUCAACGUCUAUGAAGAGAUAAGCAUGACGAAAGAUAACCCCGAGCUCGGAAAUUUCCAGCUCACCGGCCUUCUUCAUGCACCUAGACGCAAGGAACAGUUUUUCAUGGGGGUGCCACAGAUGGAGGUGACUUUCGAAGUGGACGCAAAUGGGAUUCUGCAAGUGAACACCGAAGACAAAGUUCCAAAGAUGUCACAGUCAAUUACAAUAACGAACGAUAAAGGGAAACCAUGUCUCAUGAAUGGAGGUGGAUGUUCUAGAUUUUACCUUGACAACGCUCAUCGAAUUGAAUUUAUCCCCAAGAACCGAGUCUUUGACGAGUGGACAAUUAUUUACAUGUCUCAUGAGAAGAAGAGUGUCAUGUCCAAGAAAGUAGCUCAGUCCAAGAGCAAAACAACCGUGUCGAGGAGAAUGCCUAGGGAAAACCAAAUUCCACACCUCGGAAGAGCUCACAGAGGAGCAGGAGGUGAUCCCAAGACUUUGUUGCAAUAG